UAAACCACCGUGAUUUGAUCCCCAGAUAAUUUCAUCGAUAAGUUUAUCUACAAUCCAUUCCCAUCUGUGUUGUUUUUCUCUCCCCGUUAGAAGUAAGUCUCGCGAAUCACUUCCUGUCUGGAUCGUUCAUCGCUGCAGAUCCUUUGUUUUUCCAUUUCUGAUCUGUUUUUUUUCAUCUUCCACUUACAAUCCAGGGAUGAAUUCAAAUUAUGGCAAACCCAAUCAAACGAGUGCUUCGUCUGCCUCACUGAAGAACUUCAAUUUCGAUUUUGAUAUCGGGAUCGGUUCGAAUCGGCCCAGAUCUCUGAACGAUCAGAAAAACCCGAAAUCGUCGUCCCAUUCAUAUUCUUCCUCCUCUUCUUCAUAUUCGUCUGGGCAGCCAAGACCCUCGUGGCAACCCAACAAGCCAUCAUGGACUCACCAGCCAGCACCGAAUCUGGCGAAUCAGUCCGGAUUGCCGGGCGGACCAACUUCAAUGGCGGGGGAUAUCUUUGGCAAGAGUUGGGGAUCGACACAACCUUCGGCUUCUAGUUCGACCAUUGGAGUUGUUAAUAAAAACCCUAAUCUCUUUGGAGAUUUGGUGAGCUCUGCUUUGGGACAGAAUUCUAAGGGUAGCAAUAAUGCUCCUAUAAAGUCGAUUCCUGUUUCUAAGGCAUCAGGUACUACAUCAAAUAAGAGCUCCUUCUCGAUGGAUAAUAUGGCGGGUGCUUUGCCUAAAACCAGUAACACCACAAAAAAUAGUGGAAGCUGGGGAUCUUCUGGGUAUACUAAUACUAGUACUAGCGCUAAUAAGAGCCCAAAUCUUGGUGGUCCUUCAAUGCGAAGUAUGAAUAGUGGUAGUUCAGCUGGAAGUGGAACGAAUGUUAAUAGAGAUCCAUUUAGCUCUUUGGCUGGAUUUGGAUCAAAACCAUCUGGUAGCCUUAAUUCAGCUGGAAAGGCCGCUAAAAAUAAUAACGUGGAGGAUGAUGGUUUUGGAGAUUUCCAGAAUGCUUCCAAACCAGGCUCUGCAACAUUCCCAUCAAGUAGUUCUAUAGCAGAUGAUAUCAGUUUUACAGGAUCUACUAAUUUGAAUCAGAAACCUAUGCAGACAUCUGCUGGUGGUGACCCUAUAGACAUGUUCUUCUCAUCUUCCUCGGCUGCAGCCGGAAGUGCUGCUGUGCCUUCAGAAGGAUUUGGAGGAAAAUCAUCUUCUGGUAUUGAUGAUUGGGGUUUGGAUUCUGAAUUUGGUGGAGGAGCACAUGAUGUGGGUGGUACAACUACUGAGCUUGAAGGGCUUCCACCUCCUCCUGCUGGUCUAACUGGUUUGACAGCAAAAGGUAAAGGGAUGGACAAUUACAAGCAAGGUCAAUUCGCAGAUGCUAUUAAGUGGUUGUCUUGGGCUGUCAUACUUCUUGAGAAAACAGAGGAUAAUGCUGGUAUGACAGAGGUACUGUCAUGCAGAGCCUCAUGUUACAAAGAAGUUGGAGAGUAUAAAAAAGCAGUGGCCGAUUGUACAAAGGUGCUAGAAUCCGAUGACACAAAUGUAUCUAUAUUGGUGCAACGUGCUCUCUUGUAUGAGAGCAUGGAAAAGUACAAGCUUGGUGCGGAAGACCUGAGGAAUGUUCUUAAAAUUGAUCCUGGUAAUAGGGUUGCAAGAAGUACCAUUCAUCGGCUGACAAAGCUGGCUGACUAGAAUUAUUUUUUUUUUUUACGCUGCUCUAUUUUUUUUUAAUUUACUAUAUGUAUGGUCACAUCCUUUCACCCCGUAGCCAUGAUUUGUUGGGGUGAUAGUAAAGUUUAUUUUUCGAUGAAUGGAUUAUUUUUGUUGUUGUCACCCGUGAUAUUAUUUUUAUGUGUGGAAUGUCAUUUGGCUUGAAUUUUAUACUCACUGAAUUUGAGCUUUUCGGUAUAUGUAACGACAUAUUCUUUUCC